AUGAUGUAUUUUAAGAAAGAUAAAAAAUUGUUUGAUGAAAAAUUAAAUGAAGAAUUAACACAAUUAAAAGAUUAUCGUAUUAUUCAUGAUGUAUUAGUAAGUUUGAAGGAUGAAAAAAGAAAAAAGCAAAAGAAAAAAAGAGGUUCUUUAUUUAAUUUAAUAGAAUUAAAAUAUAUAAAUAAAAUAUUAUAUGAAUUAUAUAUAUCUCAAAAGAAAAAAUGUAUAAGAAAUUUUGUAAACAUCUAUGAUCAUAUAUCUCUUCAUUGUAAUAUACAAAAAAUUAUACAAAUUGAAAAAGGAAAAAAAUAUGUAGCACUUGUGCGGUUAGGGCAAAAUGUUCAUAUGAAUGGAAGUCUUCAUUUUUUAAAGGAUAAAAAUAAUAAUUUUUUUAUUUUUCAUAAAAUUAAUUAUUAUAUGAAUAAACAAUUAUUUGAAAUAAAAAAUGAUCUAAGACAUGUGAGCACAUCUUCAUGUAUUGUUAUAUUUUAUAAUGAAUCGUCUUAUUCCAGGAGAAAAAAAUAUAUGAAUUGUAAUUAUGAGAAAGAUGAAUGUAGUAAUAUAAGUUAUAAGACAUAUUAUAAAAAAUGUAUGGAUGAAAAAAAUAAUAUCCUUACAUAUAUGAAAGAAAACCAAUUAAAUGGUAUAAACAAAAAUAAUAAAGAAAAAAAAAAUAUAUAUAUAUGUAGUAGUAAAAAUAAGGAAAACAAUAACUACACUUAUGAUAAUCUUAUACAUUCUGAUAAUCAUACUUUUAAUUCUGUUCCUUUACUAUACAACUCUUUUAUCAAAAAUAAUGAUAAACAAGUAAAAAAAAAUGAAGAUACCAAAAAAUUUGUUGAUCAUUAUAUGUUAUUUAUAAAUUAUAAAAAUAAAUCCAUAUCUCAUAUGUCCUUUAUAAUAAAAUUUAAACAGGUUUUAUAUGAAUUAUUACAUAAUGAAGAAAAUAGACACACAUUUAUUAUUAAUCAAAACAAUAAUAAUGUAUAUAUGAACCACACCAAAGAUAAUACAAAUGGAUUUGAAAAAUGUCCCUUCGGAAAUAAUAAUAUGAAAAAUAGCUUGGUAUAUGAUAUGAACUUACGAGAUGUUGUUAAUUUUAUUAGAGAUCGCAAAAAAUAUAAUAGCUAUAAUAUUUUUCCUGUAGAUUAUUUGAAAUAUAUUUUCAAUAACAAAAAAAAAAGUAAGUGUUUAAAAGAAGGGGGACUCAAGCAAUCUUUGGAAAGCAUUGCAUCUUUGUUAUUACCAAGAGGUGUUGGUCAAAAUAUAAAUGAAAAUAUAUAUAAACAUAUAAAUAAAAAUAUAUAUAAAAGUAAGAUUAAAAAGGGAAGUAAUAUUAAUUGUAAUGAAAAUAUGAACCACAAUAAUACCAUUUGUAAUUAUGAAAUUUAUAUAUAUCACAGCGAUAUAUUAAAAAUAGAAAAAAACAUCUUUGUAACAUUUAAUAAUAUGAAUCAAUGUUUUUAUAUUUUUAUAUACCCAUUUAUAAUAUAUUUUAAUAAAUAUAAAUAUGUACUAUCAAAUAUAAUACCCAACUUAAAAGAGAAAAAAAAAAAAAAAAAAAAUAAUAAUAAUGAUUUUGAUUUUGAUUUAAUAUUAAAAUUUGUAGUUGAGCUAUUUAUAAUUUUUCGAAUUAUGUAUAAGAAAAAAAAGUUAAUAAAUAAAUUGAAAAAAUAUCUUUCGAAUAGAACCCUGAAGGGAUUUAUAAAUUAUAAUAACCUAAAUAAAAUGAAAAAAAAUAAUAAUAAAAAGAAUAUGGAUACAUGUAAUUAUAUAUAUAUUUACACAUUCUAUAGCAUUAUGGAUAAUUUUUGUUUAAAGGAAAAGAAUUAUAAUAUACAUAAUACAUUAUUUCAUAAAAUAAAAAAGGUACUAAUGAAAUAUGCUAAUAUAAUACAUUCCAAUAAUAUUUAUAUAAAAUUUGUACAAAAUAAGUUAAUAAGAAUAUGUAAAAAUGUUACAGAUUUAUUAAGUUGGAAUUAUAUGUUAGAAAAUAUGAUAUUAUCAGAAAAUCAAUAUAUUUAUGUAUAUUUUUUUUUAUUAAAAAAGAACACAAAGGAACAAUUCAAUAUUUUGAAUAAAGACAAUAUUAUAUCACAUAAUAAUAAUAAAUAUGAUUAUUAUAACAAAAGAAAAGACAAAAACGAAAAAAAAAAAAAAACAAAAAAAAAACAUAAUUUUCAUUUAAUUAAUAUAUUUAAAAUUAUCACAACUUGUAAAAGGAAAAUAUUAAAUAUAACCAAAAAUAUAUGUUCAUGUAUAUAUUUCUUUUUUUAUAAAUAUAAUACAUUUACUCAUUUAGAAAGAAUUUCCAUAUUAAAUAAUUUUCAAUAUAUAUUAAAAAAAUUUCCAUAUCUUCUUUUAUUAUUACAUUUUAAAAUUAUUAGAAAGAUAGACAAUAUAUUUUAUACCAGAUUCUUGCAAAAUUAUAAUAAUAUGUUUUUUAUAAAAUUAUUCAAAGAUAAAUAUCAAAGUCAAUUACAAAUUAUUAAGAAGAAGAAAAAAAAAUUAUUAAAAAAUAUAUGUUAUUCCAAUGAUGUAGAAAAGAAACGAUUUCUUUUCUUAUUUAAAAUGAACAAAUGGUUAUUGUAUUUUUUUUUAUAUCUAAUGAAUAUAUAUUUUUCAAAAGAUAACUUUUACACAACCACAACAAAAAAAAAAAAGGAUAUACAUAUAGAUAUACAAGAAAUAAUAAAAAAUAUAUAUAUUACAAAUAAUAAAAAGAAACAAUUAUCAAAUAAUCUUAUUUAUAUGCAUAAAUGUAUUUUUUAUAAUUUUAAAAAAUUUAUACAAAAUAUUAAAAAACAAAAAAAAAGUAUAUAUAAAAAAUUUUCCGAAAAUAUAAACAAAAAUUAUAAUAAUAUUAAAACUGAGAAAAAAUUAAAUUAUAUAUAUAUUCAUGAUAAUAAAGACAUUAUUAAAAAUAAUCAUAAUCAUGAUUUUUUUCAAACCAAAAAAAAUUACAAACAUAUAUCAUCAUCAAUACAACCUAUAACAUCAUCUAAAUAUAUAUCCAAAAUUAUUUCUCUUGAGCAUAUUUUAAAUUUAAAAUGUCCAAAUAUAAUGUAUCAUAGACAAAAUAAGAAAUCAAUUAAUAUAAAUACUAAUCAAAAUAGAAUAGAUCAAGAAAAGAAAUUUAUAAAUACAAACUUUUUGAAAAACUUUUUCACAUUGAAAAAUAUGAAAUAUAUAGUAUCAUCUAAAUAUAUAAAUAAUCUUAUUCAUAAAAAUAAAGAAAAGGAACAAUUUACAAAAAGAACCAACAUUUUAUAUUUUCUUAAUGUACAUAAUAUUAUACAGAAAUCAAAGUUAAUCAAAAUAAUACAAUUAUUUGAUGAUAACAUGAAAAAUGUGUUAUUACAUUUAUUACAUAUAAAAAAUAAUCAUAUAAAUAAAAAUGAUGCUUCUUAUAAUAAUGAUAAAAUAUUUUCUCUUAAUAAAAAUGAUGUUGAUCAAAUAUUACGUUAUAAAUACAAUCCAAUUAAGGUAAACAAAAAGUUAUGUAUUUUUAAUAACAUAGAAAAUAUAAUUUUAACACAUAAAUUAAAGUAUCAAAAAAAAAAAAAAUAUUUAUAUGUACAACCUAAUAUAAUAUAUAAUAUUUUUCAUUAUAAUGAAAAACAAUCUUUUUCUAAAAUAAUGAAAAACAAACAAAUUGAAUCAUAUAAAAUUACUCUUAAUUAUUUCAUUUAUUUUGUAAAUGCGCACAUUUCUUAUUCGGUAAAUAUUUUUAAUCAUAACUAUGAAAAAGUAAGUGAUUCCAAUGGUAUACACAUUUUAAAUAUCUACAAAAAUGAUAUAAUAAAAAAUAUGUUUAUUGAAAAAACAAUGAAUUUUUUGGAGAUUAUUUUGUUCUUAUACCUCAGAAAAUAUGUUCCCUUUGUACAGAAAUAUAAUAUGACACAAGGAAAACAAGAAAAAGAAAAAGAAAAAGAAAAAGAAAAAAAACAAGAAAAAGAAAAAGAAAAAAAACAAGAAAAAGAACAAGAAAAAGAACAAUAUAAUAACAUAAAUAAAUAUCCCCUCAACAUUUACCAAAUUUUUUGUUACGAUAUAGUACAAAACCAUUUUCAAAUAAAACAAAUUUUUGACGUAGAAAAGGAAGGGCAAUUUAAUUUGAACAUAUUUAUAUAUCACGAGGAAAAUCUUCUAUUCUUUUAUUCAUCUAGGAAGAAUAAAAAACAAAAUGAUACAACAAAUAAAUCAUUCUACAACCCUUUUUUUGUUAAAUUUUUAGAAAAUGAUGAGUAUUAUGACGUUUCUUUAGACAGUUCUAUGAUCCGAAGGGAAAGAAAUUAA